AGAACGGUCACAUUAUAAAAACUGUUAAUGAUUUUGAUACAGCAGCCGAGUGCGCAUCCAGAUACGAGUUGAAAAAAAAUUGCUCCAAAAAUCGGAAGCUUCGCCAAUAACUGGCCAAUAAACGGCUGGAGGUGCUCCAACAAUGGAUGUCUAGUAGAAAAUAUCUGCAAUAACCGCAAUAAUGGUCAAUAUAAGAAAGCCUAGGAAAACUAGAAGUUAAUUAUUGAUGUGAUAGCACAUAAUGGACCUAACAGAAACAAUGAAGAACGUAUUAACGAAAGGUCUUCAGCAAGCUUCAGUCAACGAACUGUCUGGCUCUUCAAAUAUGAACUUCCCUGGACAGAGUUAUGUUACAGAGAAGUUAUACAUGCUUUUACAGCUUUAUUUGCAGAAUAAGGGAUGGAACACUUCUGUUGAACUUUUACAAUGUUUUUCUGAAUUAAAAGAAUCUUCUAUGUUGCCCAGUGGAGCAUAUUUACAAAUGAUGGCUUCUAGAGUUACUUUAGACUCUCAGGGUCGUUUAAUUUUGAGGGAAAAUGGAAAAAUUAUCUUACCUUUUGAACAUUUUGCUAAUGCUGUUAUGUUAAAACAUAUGAAUGGACCGCAUGGGUUACAUUUGGGGGUUGAAGCUACUGUAAGAGCAGUAAUGGAUUCUUAUACAAUUGGAAGAGAAAAUUUUGGUAUGGAAAAAGAAUUUAUAAUGGAAGUAGUUCAAAAUUGUCCAAACCCAGCUUGUAGAUAUUACAAAAACCAAAUGGAACUAACUCAAAAAACCCUUCAACAUUUAGCCACGCCAAGUUAUAUGGGCGAAUCUCAAUCAAACAAUUCCGAUAUGCGUAGUAACAACUUCAAUUCCGAUUUUCCAAUCCCAAUCCCCCCACCGAAUAUUAAUUCUUUAAUGGGCCUACCGGUCGAUUUAACCGGUCAAAAUAACAUGGAAACGAAACAAAAUCAAAUGCUUGAACGUCCAAAAUCGGUAGCCCCAAAUCAACAACAAAUAGCCGCCGCUCUAAUUCAACAACAAAAUCGUGUGAUUGCCCAGCAAAAUUUGGAUAAGUUAAAUGCAAAUUUGGAGAAACAAAGGCAACAGAUGCAAAUGCAACAACAAAUGGAUUUGAGUAAGAAUCAGCAGCAAAAACAUUUCGAUUUACCAAUGAUGGAACAUAAAUUAAGCGAUUUUUUGAGAGCAAAUUUAGAUAGUUUAGAAGGAUUAUCUUCAGCUAAUAAAGAUUUAUUAGCUUUACAUAAUGGUGCAUGGGCCACAAAUAGUAUGUCAAAUACAAGUGAUGAUAAAAGAACUUCUGAGGGGGGACAAGAAAAAAUUGUUCGAGCUUUUGCUGAGGUAAUGAAAAAUAUGCAACGUAUGAAGAGUUAUGUACGCCCAUCAAUGUGUAAACCAUACGGAAAACAAUCAGAAGCACUUCAAAAAACUCUCAUGGAUACAAUUCAACUAAUACAAUCGCUGAGAAGUUUUUUACCUCCACCACAUAUUCAAGUAAGUUCGUGGAAAAACGAAGAUAAGCAUCGUUUUGAAGAAACCUAAGCUUUAAAAUCUUUUUAUUAUUUUUUAAAAGUUAAAAAAAAUCUAUUAAACGUAGGGCAGCUUUAACAUGACAAUGUAUAUGACAUAUCGCCGCGAGAAAGAAAAUUUAACGGGCUAAUAACGGAUGUUUUACAUGUAGAACUAUUGUUCGUCUAUAUUGAAAUUUAUAUUUAUUUAGUCGUGUUUACAAAAAGGAAAAGAAAUAAUGGAAAAUUAUAUUUUUUCGUUUAAUUUUGUUUGUGAUAAAUUCGUACUUAUUAUUAAUAUUAUUUGGUUUUUAUUUAAAUUUUAGUCGUGUGUAGGUACGUUUAGGUGCGAAAAAAGCAACUUUUUUUCUUAAAACUAAAAAAAUUUUUUCUAGUCAUUCUUAUAACUGUUUUUUUAAAAAUAAUUUUACCUGUGAUAAUAAUUGGCAAAUCUUUUACCUUUAUCUCUACUAAUUCUUCUUAUUCCUUAAUUUCUUACUCAUCGAUUAGGAGAUAUACAGAAUAAUUAAAAGUUUCUUUUAAUUUAAUAAAUGAAACACCCUGUUCCUGGAAGUAUUUUUUUAAAAUAAUAUUUAAUUUUAGGGAGUAUCACAUCCAAAGAGAAAAAAAGCGUCAAGAAUCAAGUCUGAUGACGUAGAUAGUACUGAGGAAGAAGCAUAAUGGAACCAC